CACACAACAAACAACUUUCCGUGCCAAAGGCUUCCUGGAGGCUUCUGUGUUGGAUCCGAUGGCCGAGAAGACGCGUACGAUAUGAAGUGAACAUGGUGCUGAUGGCCGAGCAGGCGGACAGACCAAUGACCCCGCUGCUCUCCGCCCCGGAGCAACUUUCCCACCGGGACUCCCGGGGGAAUCGGUCUGAGCUGGAUCAUGGAGGGGAGAGGAGGCCGAGGAGGCGCGCGGGGUCUCCCGUAGACCUCCAGCUGUGUCUGGACUCCAAGGCAGACCCGCCGGAGAGCAAGAGGAAACCAGCCGGCACGAGAUUGAAACCAGUGGAGCAGCCGGCUCCAGCGCCGAUUCCCAGAGACUGUGAAACAAAGUUUGAGAGGAAGAAACCACAGCACAGUCACUUAUCAAAGCCAAACGCCCAGUACCAUAAGUUAUUCAAGGAGGUCCAAAGAGAGGAGCUCCUCAAACAGAGCUACACGUGUGCCCUGCAGAGAGACAUUUUAUAUCAGGGCAAAAUGUUCCUCUCCGAUAACUGGAUCUGUUUCCACUCCAAAGUCUUUGGCAGAGACACGAAGAUUUCCAUCCCAGUGGUGUCUGUGACGUUCAUCAAAAAAACUAAGACUGCUCUGUUGGUGCCAAACGCCCUGGUGAUCGAAACAAUCAGUGACCAGCAUGUGUUUGUUUCUUUCCUCUCGCGAAACACAACCUACAAAAUCAUGAAUUCCAUCUGCCUUCAUUUGGAGGCGGAUAAGACUAGCAGCCCCGUUAUUUCCUCCUGUGAAAACAGCUUCAGGGUGAAAUGCCCCACAUUGCUUCCUUUGGACCUUUCUGAAGACUUCUCCAACCUCGAUGGAGUUGUGCAACAAAGACGUCAGGAGAUGAUGGAGAGCAGCAGCUCCGGCUCUCAAACUCCGGAUUAUGACAAAAUAACUGACUUCACCGGCCUCCCGGACACAUUUCUAAGUGCAGUGAAGAGCGCAGAAGUUUCAGUCCACGCAGACGUUCAUCUUCAGACUCAGAGCCCAAAACACGGAGCUGCCCAGAAGAACGGGUCUCCAAAGCUCAAAAGCAAGCCCUCUCAGCCCAUCUCCUUACAAGCCAUCCUGCUCCUCUAUCUGUUUCUAGUGAGCGUGCUCGUCUUGUCCUCCUGUUACAUGGCGUUCAAGAUCGUGGCUCUCGAGCACCGGUUGAACUCCUUGGUGUCCGUGGGGCAACACAUUCGUAACGAACACGCGGUGAGUCAUCGGCCUCAGGAAGAAGUGAAUGCUGAGAUUUAUGGAGAACUCUCUUCCAACUUGUUCAAGCUAGAAAAGAUUCAAAGAAACCUUCGGAAGCUACUCGAGGAGACUUAAAAGAAGACUUUUGACCGUCUGGACCGAAGCGUUGCUGUUUCACGAGAGAUGUUGGUUUAUCACUGAAUAUCAGCUUGGAUCUCGUUUGUCAAUAGAUUAGUUGCCGGACAGCUUUCUCGAAACAGAUUGAACUCUAAAUUAAAUUGUGCAAUAAUGGCUUCUUUCCUCGCUCCACUCAGGACUAUUUUAUUACUUUUUCAGAACAAAAUAUUGUGCAGGAGAGUAAACUGAGGCAGCGUUGUUGGUGAAGUGGACAUUUAGGCAUAUGUGCAGUAUUUAUCUGGGAGCUUUCAUUCUGUAUUUUUCAAGAGUGGGACUUUUUUUAAAGGUCCCAGGGUCAUAUUUAAAUGUUUUCAAAACAUUUCUUAAAAGGUCAAUUACAUUAUAUUUAUGUCAUGUGUAAUAAAUAAAAAAAUCACUCCAAUAUGGAUGUUAGUAGGAAAUAUUUUAAUGACACGGAAAGGAAACUUCUUGUUACAGUGUGUUGUAUCAGAAGAGACGAGUAGCUGCUUAUUGGAGAGGAAGUUUGCUCGUUGAAACGUUUCAUAGUUUGUUCUUGUUGUAAAUGUUUUUUAUGUAAUAGUUCAUUUAAAAGCUUCUAAGCUGAUGAUAUAUAUUUUGUAAUUGUUCCUUACUUUUCCACAGAAACUUAGAUUUUCGUGGAUGAAAAGACCUGUCAGUUAUUACAGGAGCAAUAGAAGAGAAAGCGCUUGUGCUUUUAAGCUGUGGUGGUUUGUUUACAUUUAGAUAUCAAACUGUGCCUUUUAACUAUCGUUUGUAUCGCAGUCUAGAAAUAAAUGUCUGGGAUACAGUU